AAAAACUUGAUAUAAAUUUUAAACUAUAUAUUAUGAUUAAUUAAGUUUAAUAUUAUUAAAUAUAAAUAUAAAAUGAAUUUACGAGAACCAAAGAAAAAACGUCGUGUAAAAUUAAAAGAACAAUUGCCAUUUCCACUUAUAUUAUCAGGUGAUGAAAAUGAGUGGACAACUUAUACUGCUCAUCUUACAGAUUUAGGAUCAUGUAUAAUAGAUCCAAAAGAAAUUGUUGCAGUACAUUCUAUGGGUUUUUUUGGAAAAGGAUCUUUAUCACGUAGUUUUCCUUCAUUUGGUAAAACACGAUAUGGAGCACCUCCAGUUGUAAGAAAUAGACAAUGGCUUCGUAGACAAGAAUGGUUAAAACAAUUUAAUGAACUUAGCAUGGAAGCUAAUAAUAGAAAUAUAAAUUUAGAAGAAAACAAAUGUGAAUUUUCUCAUUCUAAAAAUAUUAAUCAAGAUGAUGAUGAAUUUUUAGAUAGUCAAGAAAGUACACCAGAUAUAAUUGAAAUAGAUACAAAUUCUGCUUCUUUAGAUGAAAAAUAUAAAAAAAAUCAACAAAUUAAUAAAACUAAUAAAAAGAUAGAAGGAAAUCAUAUAAAUUUAAAUUCCAUAAAAAGAGAUGAUACAUUAAUUAUUAAAGAAAAUAAACAAUACAUUGAUAAUAACAAAAAAAAAUCUAUUGAAAAUGAAAAAAAAGAAUAUUUUACAGAUUUUAAUUUAAAAGAAGAUGAUUUACAUUUUACUGAUAAUACGGAUAUUGAAAACAAGUUACUUGUCUUACCAGAUAGUGAUACAGAAAUUGAAAAUUACUUAAAAGAAAUAAAACCUAAAAUUGAAUCUGAAAGUUUUCCAAUUCAAGAAACACUCCAUCUUACAUUUGAGGAAACAUUUUUUCUUUUGUAUGGUUUAGGUUGUUUGAAUUUAAUAGAUUUUGAUGGUAAUUUGUUAGAUAUUGAUAGUGCUUGGCAUUUUUUCUGUAAAACUGAUAAAAAUUUUAUCCCAAAAUACGUUGUAUAUCAUUAUUUUCGAAGCAAAGGAUGGAUAGUAAAACCUGGUCUUAAAUAUGGUGGAGAUUUUUUAUUAUAUAAACAAGGACCACCAUUUUAUCAUGCAUCUUACAUUGUAAUAAUAGAUAUUUUAGAUGGUGAUGCAUUAAUCACAGAUCAAAAUAAAUGUAUGAGAAAAUUAACAUGGAAUAGUUUAUUAGGAUUAGAAAGAUUGUCAGAAACUGCUGCCAAGGAAAUAUUAUUUGCACAAGUUUUAUGGCCAUCUUCAAUUUUACAUACAUCUAAUCUAAAUGUGGAUAUACUUUCUGAAUUUUCUGUAAGAGAGUUAUUAUGGAGAAGAUGGAAUCCUAAACAUAAUAAAGAUGUAGAAGAGGAAGAUGAUGAUUCAUGUUAAUUUUGUAUUUAACAUAUUUAUCAUAAUUGUAAAUAAAUAUACAUAAGUUUAAAAUUCUUUUUUUUUUUUUUUUUUUACAUAAUUGUAAUAUUUUAAUAGCAUCUUAGUAGCUUCAUUUUAU